AUGAAUAAAGGAAACCGUAGUUCUUCACAACUUUGGAGUAUUCUUGCACACGCAGUCAAGUGUAGUUACAAAGAAGGAAAGCCUAAAUUAUCUUGUAGCAGGCACUUUGAAACUAGUCGUUUGACGGAAAAGGUUUUUGAAGUCCAUCUAUUAGAACAGUCCGCCGAGAUAGAUGAAAAUACUUUGUGGUUGGAACUUGUACCGCGUCCGGUUAUUCACCAGUCAAAUGAUUCACUUGAAUUACCCACCAUUGUUUCUUCUUUACAUGUACGGAUCUAUAAAACACUUAGUAUCGCUAAAACAACCGACUCUUCUUGUAUGAAUCCAUUGUUAGAUGUGUUAACUGGUUUCGAUAACACAGGGAAUGUUCACUUAUGGUCUAGUGAAAUUUUAUUGGCCCACAGUAUGUUCUUUGAUUGCCUUUAUCCUGGUCUAUGGAAUGAAUUGUAUAAUAAUUUUAGUGAUCAUCCGAUUGAAAACGUCUGUGAAUUAUGUGCUGGUAUGACUGGUGCUGCUGGUUUAGCUAUUUCUUUACGCAAAUAUUCAAAUAUAUUUAAAACGUCAUAUGUGUUGAUUACUGAUGGUAAUGAUCAAUGUGUUGCAUCUGUCUCCUCUAUUAUUGAGCAUAAUUCUAAACGCUUAUUGGAUAAUUGCAAUCUUGAUCAAGAUUUCCUGUUACAUAUGGACGUAAAAAAUAUACGAUGGCCAGAAGAUUCUUCACGGUCAUCAUCGUCAUUGAUUGCUGAGCUAGAUGAAUCGUUAGUUCAUCGAUUUGAUUUAAUUAUAGCAGCUGAUUGUUUCUUUGACCAAUCCUACCACCUCAGUAUGUUAAAUACAAUCAAUAGACUACUGUCUUUACAAUCUGGAUCAACAUUUCUAGCUAUUUCACCUUUACGUGGUAAUAGUUUGCAUAAUUUUAUUAAUUUGGCUUAUCGAAUGGAGCAAACUUAUAGUUGGACUGUCAAAUUAAUACCACCUUCAGACUACUUAUCAUCACAGUUUAUAAGUUAUUUAAUUGAUGAAUCAAAUCGUGUUCAAUUUAAUGACAGUGAAUUAGAUAAUAAAAUUGGUCAUUUGAUUGCUUUUACACGAACUAACUAG